ACAGUACGUACGGCCACCGGGCGUAUUUAUACGCGUACAGUGGCAGCGGCGCCGGCCUAGCGAGCGACCUCGCAUGCCUACUCUCUAAUGACAGUCAUGGUCGGAGAGGGGAGGAGUACUUCAGAAGCAAGCCCAGCCGCAGGCAGCCCACCACCCGUCACCUCACCGCUCUCUGCCCUCCUCUGAUUUUGAUGCGCUGAACGCCAAAGCGACGCUGCGAGAGAGAGAAAUGCUGCUGCUCUAGAGGCAUCGAGCAGUGAGCGCAGUGCCGCAGUGGCAUUUUACUGCGCCUGUACGCUCACAGGCUCCAUAUCCCUUCCUCCUUUCUCCUCGCACCAUUGUGGGGAGGGACUAGGGAGGGAGGGAGAGAGACCAGAGGGGGAGGGAAGAGAGAGAGGGAGAGAGCGAGGAGGAAGGGAACAAGAACGGAGCUACCGAUCAGGGGUUGAGGCGAGGAUGCUGCUGAGGGUGAUGGCGGCGGACGACGGCACCGGGGCGGGCGCGGGCGCGGGGAGGCCGCGGCUGUUCGCCGUGCCGAGGCUGCUGGUGGGGCUCGCGGCGGCCAAGUGCGGCGCCCCAGAGUUCGACUCGCCGGCGGCGCGCAGCCCAACGUCGCCGCUCAACCUUAGGGCCUUCGCGCUCGGCGGCUCGUUGCUCCGGUCGCCGCGGUUUCCCAGGAGCUGGGACUCGCACCGCGUCGGGCUCGGCGGCCUCGUCGACACCCUCACCGAGCCCGACGCCGACGCCAAGAACUGCCUGCUCGGGCCCCAGAUGCGGCCGUCGUUCAAGCUGCCGCAACGCCUCGCUAAAUCCAGCACCUCCCAGCCAAGGGAUUGCGUCCAUGCGCCCUCGGAGCUCGUGAAUGUGGAGACCGCCGCCGGCGCAGGCGGCAAGCCGGUGCCAUGCAGCAGGUCCUACGGGGAUGUGAAGUCUGGUCCAGAGGUCAUCGUGCCCGGUGGUGCUCACCUCGGCGCGAGCAGCCAUGCGGCAGAUCUUGGCAAGUUCCCGGCGCCCGGGUCGCUGCCGGCGUCGAUCGGCGGCCCACGCCGCUACAUCGGGUCGGUGUCCGCAACGGAGGUGGAGCAGUCAGAGGACUACACCUGCAUCAUUGCUCACGGUCCUAACCCAAAGACCACCCGCAUCUUUGGGGACUGCAUCUUGGAGCCCAUCACUGUGCAUGUGCCUGAUGGUGAGAGCAUGGAAGCCAUGGAAGUGAAGGAAGGAGCUGAGUCUUACUGGCUGGUUAAGUGCUCCGGCGAUGCCGGCGAGGAGUUCCUAAGCUCCUCCUGCUUGUCUUGUAACAAGAAGCUGGAUGGCAACGACUCUUGCGUUUAUCGAGGUGAGAAAGCAUUCUGCAGUGGGAACUGCAGGGAUCAAGAAAUCCUUACUGAAGAGGAAGAGGAGAACAGCACAGUGGUAUCCUCCCUAACCUCAGUUGGCUCCUCAUCGUCGUUCAACGAUGACAUAUUCAUGGCCGGAAUGGUUGUGUUGACUGGACCGGUUGACGCCGAGCUCCCCUGAUACCUGACGAGUGCUCCGUGGGCAGAUGAUCAAUAAUGCCAAUCAUCUUCAUCAUCGCAGUUUUCACCACCACCACCAUCAUCAUUUUGCUGAUUUUGUAAGUUCUGUUCCAGCAGUUGAGAAAUUCAGUGGCAUUGGUCGUCCAUUGAGGAUUGGAAGCUCCAUUGGCCUUAUAAAUUUGCUGAGAUCUGAUCUCUCGGCUUUUAGAACGGAGAGCUUGCCUUGCCUUUAGCACUGUAAUUUUGAUCCUAAGGCUACUGGCACUGCCAAGUUCUCUUUUUAUUUUUAUUUUCUCUCUUCUUUGGUUUCCUCCUAAGCAGCAAUGACAAUGUCUGCGCGCUGUAAGUUGCAACAACUUUAUGAUAUAAUGGCAUUGAGCUGCAUUGCGUAAUUUGCUA